UUGAGCCAUAAUACAGAUCCACUCACUGUACAAAUUUUUAUUUAGCUCUUGAAUUUACCGGUGAUCGGAUCGGCGAUGGAUGGUGGCGACGAUGUGGAAUCUCUGUUCGAGGGGAUGGAACUUUUUACGCCGUCGUCUCAGUUCGCCGAUGGCAGCGACAAUUCACCUGCAACUUUGCCGCCUUCGAAGGUGGCGGAGGCGACACCGAUCACGACUCCGCCGGCAGAGGUGACGGAGACGAUGCCUGAGGCUCUGGAUGAAAAUCUGUUCUCCGACUUAACGAUAGUGAAUCCGGUCCAACACGCAGCUGAGCCCCUCGACGCAGUUACUCAUCCAUCCCCGUUGUCGUCUUCUUCUUCCUCGGUGAAGAAUUAUGGGCGUCAGGUGUCGCGGAGGAAGAAAAGAGCCGCUGGAUUAAGAAUCGGAUACGGGAGGCACGAAAUCAACGAAGAUGAAGAUGAUGCCGUCAGUCAACAAUCGGCUGAUUCCGUCAGUCAACAAUCGGUUGAUUCCGUCAAUCAAGUAUCGGAUUCCGUCAGUCAACAGUCGGAUUCCGUUAAUCAAGUAUCGGAUUCCGUUAUGCAAGUAUCGGAUUCCGUCGUUGAUCAGCCUUCUCUGGACUCUUCUUCUGUUGGUAGCUCGGGGAGGUUGGAAUUAGUCAAGGCUCAGAUCGAAAGGAAGCUAACCCGUGCUCGGAACUUGGCCGGAUCCGUUACUGCUUCUCGCAAGAAUGCCAUCAGGAAGAGAAGGCAAGCAUCUGAGAAUCUCAGGUUAGCUUCCACAACGCACGACGAGCUCGAGAAACAGCUUGAGGAAGCAAUUGAGGCUGAGGAUUUUGAUGCCGCUGAGAGGAUUAGUGAAAGCCUCGCGGCUGCGGAAAGAGAUAGGCUAACUCUCAUGACACUGCUCCGUCAAGCAGAAUCUGAUUGUGAUGCCAUUGAAUCUAAGAUGGAGGAAGUCCUCCUUGCUCAAAUUGCCGCUGAAGAAGAAUCUGCCUCUCUGCUUCGUAGAUUUUGCAAGGAUGCUGAGAAUGACGCUGAAUCAAUUCUGGAGAAUGCAGAAGCUUUUUGUUUAGAGGAAAUGGGGAAAUGGCAUUCAUGUUCUGAGGAUGUGGAUGUCAGAAAACUUGAACUGGAUAUAGAAUCUGUCAUAGUUGAUAACGUACGGUUGUCAUUGAAUGGUACUCUUGAGGGAUCGGUUGAACAAGAGAUGAAAGAAAAAGAGAUGUUGCAUAAAAAGAAAGAACAUUUGUCAGAUGAGCUUCAGGAGCUACUUGCUCUGGUAAAGGCAAAGGAGAAGGAGAUUGACGAGAACGACUUCCAAAUAAAGGAAGUUGAAGAAAGAAUUAAUAAUGUGGUCUCUGGCUACAAGGAAUUGCAAACAAGCCUGGAUAAAAUGUUCAACAAUGUGCAAGCGGGUCUCUCCCAGAUUGAUAGGGAAACUGAAGCUUUAUCAAAGAGAAAGACAGACAUGGACACGUUUUUGGCAUCUGAGAAGGAGAGAGGGGCCAAACUCCGUGAUCUUGUCACUGUUUCAGCAGAUGAAGCAUAUGAAUAUGAGGAAGUUAUUAAAUUGCGAAAAUCUCUGAUGUCUUAUGUCUCAAAAACUAGAGAAGAGAGAGCCAAGCUUGUAAAUAUCGAAGAGAAGCUUUCUGAGGAAGUCCAGAGGCUACAGGAGGAGGUUUCCAGUACCCGAGAGUCAAUAAAGGAGCAAUCUUCUAGAAAGUCGAUCAUCCAACAGAAUAUUACAUCUUUCAUGGAUAAAAUCAUGUUCAUAGAGAAAAGGAUGCCGGAGCUUGAAGCAGAGAAGAAAGUGGCUGCCUCAACGAGAAAUUUCAAAGAAGCUGGAAGAAUAGCUGCAGAAGUUAAGUCGUUAAAUCUAGAAAAGGAUAGGAUACAGAUCGAAACAGGAAAAGCUAACGCUGAGCUCGAAAAAGCAGAGCAUGAGAUUGAAGAAACCAUCAAGAAGCUACAGGAGUUAGAGAAGUUGAUUUUGUCAAAAGAAAAAGAAUUGGCUAUCAGUAGAUUCCAGAGGUUGCGGAUUGACAGUGGCACUGCAAAAGCCGAGAGAUCAGCUGCUCUAGAGCUGAGCGACCUUGAAGAAGCUAAUCUUCUGCUUGAGGAAGCACAGGAAGCAGAAUCCGAAGCAGAGAAGCUUAAACUCACAUGCGGUCUCAAAGAGGAAGACGAAGAAGAAGAGGCAAAAUCUGGUGAAGGUUUUGUCUCAAUGGAACUUAUAGCCACCUUCGGUCUGAAAAAAUUACAAGAACUGGCAGAAUCUGUUCCGUCUUAACUCUGAAGCUGCUUCAGGUUCGAUUGUAGAGACUAAAGGCGCGCAGAGAUGAUCAAGGAAAAGAUUGAAGCGGUUUUGUUGAUUCAUCAUCCUUUACUUUACUCCACAUGUAUCAUUUUGUUUCUGGGAUCCAUGUUUGAUUGAUUGCUUAAUGAAAGAAAAGAGUGCAAGCUUGUUCAAGCAACCACUUGCAAGUUGCAGCCCAAUAAUGAAUA